GGCAACCAAAAACCCACAAACAAAACACAAAAACGCUCAGACAGAGAAGAAAAAAACUCUAAAUUUUAGGGGUUGAGAAACAGGACCAAAACCCAUUACGUAAUCACGGACGUACUUCUUCUCGGUUAAUUCUCGAUGGUGCGCGAUAAUCUCCGGAUUAGGCAGUGAAGGCCGGCUGCUCGGGCUCAGAGGGAAAGAGGGAAAUUCCACCUUGCCAACUUCCCUCUUCGGUAUCAAUACAGAAUCAAGUGUCACACACACACACCAAUUGGAAGCCCGUUUAUACCCAGCUGGCUGACAGAUAGAGACAGGAGCCAUUGAACAGUCCAGAGUACGCACAUAGCAAGAUGAUGUCCUCGUGGAAGCUCACCAAGAAGCUGAAGGAAUUCUCCAGAUCAAAGAGCCCUAACCCGAAAGAGGAGGAGGACCAAUCAUCUGUCACCAGCCAUGGAGCCCAUACAAAGGAGUUCGCCACGCUUGGCCAUAAGCAUACAGAGUCCAAGGACUCCGUAUGCACAAAUGACAGUAGUUCUAGAAGAGACACUGUUACACCGGCAACGGUGUCAACGUCCACUCCAGUGGCUGGACAUAAUCCAUCACAAGGUGGGUUAAAGACCAAUGAUAGUACGAGACUCCAUCCCUCCACCUCACACGCUUCGAGUAUGACGAUGAGAUCGUCGCCGGAGAAGGCGAAGGAUGGCAAGGAUGCCCAUUUCAACCCGGGAAUGCUUACAAUAAAGAUUUAUACCGGUGCGCAUUUCAAAAUCCCCUUUGCAAUCAACAACGAUAAGGAUGUGCUCGCCAAGCUGAUCAAUUCAGGUAGACAGAGGAACGGUGAUGCUCUCCUGACCAAGUUGAACAACUUGAGCAUCACGGAGGAUAAACUGGGGGCUGACGAUGCUAGUCACGUCAUCCCGGCAUCGGUUACAAUCCCACCUUCUAUCAUGAGAAGCUCAUUGAUCUACUUUACAAUGGAAUUCGAUAAGACCAUAGUGUCUAUUGAGGCCGACUCGGGCUCCAUUGCUUCACCAACGUUCAACAAGAUAUCACAAUUUGACGUUACCAAGUCCCAAAAUGAGCUGAAGCUACAGGUGUUUUUGAAAUUGCCAACUGUGCUGUUGAAUGCAUCAGCAGGUGUUACAGAGGAGGGCAAUCAAGAUAUUUUGAUCUCAUCUAAGACGUUGCCAUUGUCCUUCGACAACAUCAAUAACCCUAUAAGAUUGAAGAACCAUAGCGUGCUUGCAUUCGAGAAUGACUACCCUGGGUUUCCGCAGAAUGAGAACGGUGAGAUCUUGGUUUCCAUCGACUACAGACCAAAUGAGAAUAAGCACCUGACUAUCGAUGACUUUGAUCUGUUGAAAGUGAUUGGAAAGGGCUCAUUUGGUAAGGUUAUGCAAGUGCGCAAGAAGGAUUCUGGAAAGGUUUAUGCCUUGAAGGCCAUUAGAAAGUCUCAUAUCGUCUCAAGAUCAGAAGUUACACAUACACUGGCUGAACGUACCGUGUUGGCUCGUGUGGAUAACCCAUUCAUUGUUCCCUUGAAGUUUUCAUUCCAAUCACCUGAGAAGCUGUACUUGGUUUUAAGCUUCAUCAACGGUGGUGAACUAUUCUACCAUCUACAAAGGGAAGGUAAGUUUGACUUGUCAAGGUCAAGGUUCUACACCUGUGAACUGCUGAGUGCACUGGAGUGCCUCCAUUCCUUGAAUGUCAUCUAUAGGGAUCUGAAGCCCGAAAACAUCUUGUUGGACUACAAAGGUCAUAUUGCGCUUUGCGAUUUCGGCCUUUGUAAGCUCAACAUGAAGAACGACGAUAAGACGACAACAUUCUGUGGUACGCCUGAGUACCUUGCUCCUGAGCUGUUACUCGGUAACGCCUAUACAAAGGUUGUUGAUUGGUGGACACUGGGUAUACUGUUGUACGAAAUGCUCACGGGCUUACCACCUUAUUACGACGAGGAUGUUAAGACCAUGUAUAGAAAGAUCCUCACAAACCCAUUGAAGUUCCCAGAGAACUUUGACAAGGAUGCAAAGGACCUGCUGAUCAAGCUGUUAUCAAGGGAUCCAAAGCAGAGACUAGGAGCAAACGGUGCCAAAGAGAUCAUGGACCAUGCCUUUUUCAAACUGAUUGACUGGAAUAAGCUG